AUGGAAUUGCUGAUUCCAUUUGUGUCAUUUCCAGUUUUACAUGGUAAAGUAAUGCAUAAAGUGGGUGUUGUAUCUAUGGGUGUUGGAGGCUUAAAGCUUACUGAAUACCUUAAAGAGCAACUUCGUCUAAGAAAUCUACAUGUUUCUUCAUUAUACACUGUUCACUCAUUGAAAGAGAAUCUUUGCUAUGUUGCUUUUGACUAUGAGAGUGAAUUAAAGAAGGAUAAUACAAAAGCAUCAUACAAAGUUGCUUCUGAGGGAUUCUUUACUCUCGAGAAAGAACGUUUCCAAACAGGAGAGAUUCUCUUCUAG